CAUACUCCAUCUGCUCCGAUCCAAUCACUGAUCAACACUGGUUGCUUUCUGCCGCUGCUACAGGCGGCGCCGAAUCUACAGCCACCACGUACACUUCAUCAUUACUGGACUGACUACUGACUUCCUCAUUCAUUCCUGCAGGCUGCUGCACUAAUGAAUUCUGGUGCCUUCGCAGUCACCACCGCAUGCGGUUAUCGGCGCACCUUGUUGAUUAAUGGCUGCUCGUUCCAUUCCUUCUCCACCAACGCCUCGGAUAUAGCUCCGAAGCCAUCGGCGGUGUCGUUUGGGGGAAACAAUAGCAGAACCGCUGUUGUUUCUGGAGUAAGGCUGGAUAGUCGGCGGAGGAAGAUGAGCGCGAGCGCGGCGGCGGGGACGAGUACAACGGAGACCUUGCAGAAAGGAAUAGCGGAAUUCUACGAUGAGUCGUCGGGGAUAUGGGAGGAUAUUUGGGGAGACCACAUGCACCACGGUUUCUACGAGCCUGACUCCGCCGCCGCCAUCUCCGACCACCGCUCCGCUCAGAUCCGCAUGAUUGAGGAGUCGCUUCACUUUGCUUCACUCUCCGAUGAUUCCGCAAAGAAGCCACGAACAAUUGUGGAUGUAGGGUGUGGAAUUGGGGGCAGUUCCAGAUACCUGGCCAGAAAAUUUGGGGCUCAAUGUCAAGGGAUAACCUUAAGCCCUGUUCAAGCACAGAGAGGUCAACAGCUUGCUGCUGCUCAAGGAUUAGAUAAUCAGGUUUCCUUUCAAGUAGCCGAUGCAUUGAAUCAACCAUUUCCAGAUGGUCAAUUCGAUUUGGUUUGGUCUAUGGAGAGCGGCGAACACAUGCCCGACAAAGCAAAGUUUGUGAACGAGCUGGCUCGGGUAGCUGCUCCUGGUGGAACGAUAAUUAUAGUUACAUGGUGCCAUAGGGAUUUGUCGCCUUCCGAAGAGUCUCUACACCCGGAGGAGAAAGAUCUAUUGGACAAAAUUUGCAGGGCUUAUUAUCUUCCGCAAUGGUGUUCUGCUUCCGACUAUGUUAGGUUGCUUCAGUCCCUUUCGUUGGAGGAUAUUAAAACGGCAGACUGGUCUGCUUAUGUUGCUCCGUUUUGGCCUGCUGUGAUCAAAUCUGCCUUGUCUUGGAAAGGCAUCACCUCCUUGUUGCGAAGUGGAUGGAAGACGAUAAGAGGGGCCCUUGUGAUGCCACUGAUGAUGGAAGGAUACAAGAAGGGUGUAAUAAAAUUUGCCAUUAUUACAUGCCGGAAGCCGGCUGCGUGAUUCGAUUUACCAUCCCCCGAAUUAUGUAUAUAUAUAUACAAGAAAGCAGAAACAAACAGUCAGUGGGAAUUGAAUGAAGAUGACUAAAAGGUAUGUAUGCAAAUGCAAUGCAAGUCAUUUUCUGUUAUCUUUUGAAAUCUUGCUAAUGUGUUACAAAUUAUCAAUAAAAUUAGGAGUUUCAAUGGCA